AUGCCCACCGAUAUGUCUAUGGUCCCCUACAAUGGGGGAAACCUUGAUGUCGUUUUGCGGCACAAUGACUCCGUGGUUGUCUUUGAUCAUGAUUCCCAGCAGCUCGUUCUCCGCAAUACCUCCGAUACGGACAUUGACAAUAUGGAGCUAGCUAACUGCCCAUUCUGCCAUCGCCCAAUGCGCGAUAAUAAUAGAGAACAACAUUGUGGGGAUACUGAACCCGAAGGCGAAUUCAUUAACCCAAAUUACUUUCACAUGCUCAACAAUAGCGUUCCCGGCUCCGCAACCUCCUCCACUCCUCCUUCUCCGCACCACCGCCUUGUUCAUCCCGCCCUCCCCGGUGGGCCUUUCAAUAAUACCCCCGUCCGACCUACCUCCUCGCCACACCCAUCACCACAGGGAAUUUCCUCUGCGGCAUUCAGUCCAGAUUACUUCAAGAGGUUCUUUGUGGAGGAACGAGUGUUGGGCAAAGGUGGAAAAGGUGUGGUGCUACUAGUGAAGCAUGUGCUGGAUAGUGUGUCCCUUGGCCACUAUGCCUGCAAACGUGUUCCUGUCGGUGACGAUCAUGAGUGGCUAGAAAAGGUUCUAGGUGAAGUGCAGCUGUUACAGCACCUCUCGCACCAGAAUCUUGUCUCGUACCGUCAUGUCUGGCUGGAAAAUGCGAAGAUAAGCACUUUCGGCCCGAGUGUGCCUUGCGCAUUUAUUCUACAGCAAUACUGCAAUGCCGGUGAUUUGCAUGAUUACAUCUGUGCCUCUGUUGAAACCUCGACCACUGCGCAGCAAUUGAAGGACCGCCUGCGCCGCAAAUCCAAAGGCGAACCGGAGCCUCGAACAACACUGGGAGGACCUCGCACACUUCAGCUAGAUGAAAUCUAUUCCUUCUUUCGUGAUAUUACCUCUGGACUCCGUUAUCUUCACGCCAAUGGAUACAUCCAUCGAGACCUGAAACCACACAACUGCCUGCUCCACGAGACGGGUGAUGGCAUCAGAGUUUUGGUCAGCGAUUUCGGUGAGGUGCAGACUCAAAGUGCAAUGCGCCAAUCGACUGGUGCAACCGGUACUCUUUCAUACUGUGCGCCUGAAGUUCUUCGCCAAGAAUAUCCUGACGGACCAUUCGGCAAUUUUACGUUCAAGUCUGAUAUCUUCUCCCUCGGAAUGAUUCUUUACUUUCUAUGUUUUGCAGCUCUUCCAUACGCAAAUGCCGAUCUCAUAAACGAAGAAAAAGAGGACUUGGAGCAGCUCCGUGCAGAGAUCACCAGCUGGGCUGGAUUUGACCACGCACGAGCUAUCCGCUCCGACCUCCCCGAAAAGCUAUAUAGGUUCCUAGAGCGCUUGCUCUCGGUUGAUCCCAGCCGACGACCCUCAGCCGACGAGGUGUUAAAUGGCAUCCAAGUUGGUGCCAAUUCAAAUGAAAAUUUUCGCUUCAGGAAAGCCAGCACGGGAAGCUCCGAUCUGCCUGGAAAUCGAAUCCGCCCAGUGGCGAGCCAACAACCGUCAGUAGAGCGAACACUCUCUCCCACCAAAAACCUGCGCCGAAGCCCAACAUCCUUCAGGCGUGACUCGGUAUCUGACUCGAGUCAUUUCCGAAGCAAUCCGGCGCCUGUGUCUGACACAAAUCCAGAGGAGGGCUCUUCUUUGAGCCAAGAGCGAGACAUGAUCGUCCGGCGUCGCCAAUCUAAUUCGUCACCGUCAUCUCCAGCCCAACCUCCUCGUGAAUCAUCAUCACCCCUCGAACCCCACCCCGAGCCUCAACCAGUCCGUCAAGAUCAUCUUCUUCCACCUCCACCGAGCCGCUUCCCCGUCUUGAAUUCCCUAGCAUCUUUGGACCCACUCCUCUCCUCGCCUGUCUUACAACUUACUUUCUUCCUCAUCAAAAUCGCAUCCCUUCUUCAUCCAUGCUCGCCGCUGGCCGUCAACCCCUGGAUUCUUUACCCUCUUCUCCUUUCUGCAGCAUUUACUUUAACAACCCACAGCAUUCGGGCUCAGGCCCUUGCCAUCUUUCUACACCUACUGGUCGUCGGGUUGAGUUUCCGCCUAGAUGCCCUAUGUAUCUGGCGCUGA